AUGCCCAAAUCCGGCUUCGACCCGCAGCGUCACCAGCGCAAACUUCAUCGUCACAACCCGCUCUCCAAGUCCGGCUCAGCUUCGGCAUCCAGUAGCGCACAUGCCUCUCCUGCGUCGGCCUCUUCCGCCACUCUCGAUGCGCUUCAACAAGCGACGAAAAUCGUCAACGGGAGCAGCAACAGCGUUGCUAGCAGCAGCACUCCCGGCAAAUCAUCAGCGCCUGCAAACGAUAUCGUUCCUCUGCUCGCCAACCUCCCCGCUCCCGACAAUGCUGCGUCAACAGCCGCAUCCAUCAACCUAGCCGACAAAGUAUGGUCGCUCGCUUCGGUAUCGCUGCUCCUCACAGUCAGCCCAACUCAGUCGGCAUCCGAGGUCAAACACCACCGCAAACUUCUGCUCUCUCACAAUCUCGUCGGUAGACUCUUGCUGGCUCUCCAAUCACACACCGAAGUCGAUGUGAGGCGCGAAGCGAGCGGUGCACUUCGCAACCUCUGCGUCGACUCUGGCAUCGAUGUUCGCAAUGAGGUCGCUAACAAGGGCGGCAUUCCGAUCAUCCUCUCGGCCAUGAGGUGGGCGAGCAACGCGCUUGGUUUCGAUGCUUCCUCCAGCAACCCUGCCAUGUCGUUUGUCGACGACACUCCGACACUGGAGCAGGAUCUCGAGGCCAAGCGGGCUCUACUCGCUAAGCCGCUCGAUAAGCUCAACAAGAAGGAGAAGAGACACGCUGCCAAGCUGGCUGCUGCACUCGGAAAGUCAUUGGAUCAGGUCGCUGGUCAAGGCUUGUCUGCGGAAGAUGAGCAGAAGCUGUUGUCUUCCAGCAGCAAUGCGGGAGGAAAUGAUGCGAUGGACACCUCCAACGCCGCUGCUGGCAAUGGGCACAGGGGAGAGCCUUUCCUCGCCCUGGACUCCAACACUCGAAAAGGAUUGCUCGAGAUGGCAGAGAACCUCGUCACCGUCGUAUGGUGCUUGUGCGAGUCAGGCGACAAGGCUUUCGCCAAGCUCGUCACAUGGAAGUGGCUCGAUCAGGACGUCGUCGGUGCCACCCACGAUAUCGCUGACGAGCUCAAUGGCCAAGCACUCGCAUCAUGGCUUUCCUCCGCUGUCGCACUCGGUUCAAGAGCCGCUGGCGUGUUGUCCACCGCAGGAUCGGAUGGAGCGCGUGCAUCUUCCUCCGCGGCAGAGACGCUCAAUGUAUUGACAAACGAAGAGCUUUCUCUGCUGCUCGACCUCGCUCUGGCUUCCGGUAACGCUCUGUGCGCUUUGACCGACGGCGGCGAAGCAGACUUUGUCGAUGGAUUGCUCGCACGGCCAUCCCCGACACCUGCCGCUGCCUCGAAGUCCAGCAAGAAGAAAGGUCCGAAACCCAGCAGCCUCGCGUCACUACCCGUCCCACAGUCUCUCGACCAGCAGCCAGCCUCAACCACCCGCUGCCUCUCCUCCAUCCAGACCGCCAUCACCCUCCUCCAAGCAUGCGUCCAAACCGACCAGGCCAACAUCGACAAGCUCAAACGCUACGUCCUCUCCCAAUCCACCAUGCUCGGCGUCCUCUCCGCCGGCGUAUUCCGCAACAUUGCCGCCGCCGUCGAUUCCAAAGCUGCUUCCGCCAGGCGUUCCAAAUCGCGCAAACGUGCCGACGCCGCCGACACGACGAUGACGAGUUCCACCAUCUUUGUCUCAUCCUCAUCCAGCGGAACUCCGCUCAAGAAGUUCGAAGAGUCCGUCAUCCUACCCACGCUCACCCAGCUGCUCUCCGGUGUGGACAUGACCAAGCUCGCGCACGACCUGGAUGGACGUGGAGAUGUGGCAGAGGUUGUUUCGCUCGAUUCUGCAGCACAGAAGGAAUCGGACGAGUCGGUGAUCAGGGCCAAGAUGCAGGGAAAAGCGGAGGAGAAGGCGCAGACGCUGAUGCUCGCGUUGGAGGUUCUUGCCGAGAUGGCGGGUUGUUUCGACUCUGCUGCUGGUGGAGAGGAUGAUGGUGGGGAGGAAGAGUGGUUGGAGGAUCCAGAUGCUGAGGAUGAAGACGAAGAGAUGGAUUUUGGUGAUGAGGAUGAUGAUGGUGUGGUGGGUGACUCAGAUGGCGAUGCGAAAGAAGAUGAUGAUAUGGGCGUCAGCUCGAACCCGACGACGACUACGGAUACGUUCGCAGACGCAGUCAAACGCACCGGAACCCUUCCUUUCGAAGCCUACGCUCCCAUCCUCUGCCACAUCGUCUCCACCAACACCCUCACCUCCGCACUCCUCACCCUAUCCCGACCAUUCGAAGCAUCGUUCCCCUCGCUCACGUCCACCUCUUUGGAGUCCGACAAACCAACAUCCAGCCUCCUCCGCGCGCUCCACUCGCGCUCCCUCUCCGUCCUCAACAACCUCCUCCUCCGCCUCGCGACCUUUUCCCCCCUACCCCCCUCCCAACCCGUCACUGAUCCCAAAACGCAACGUCGCAUCUCGGCGUUCCGAACGUGGAUCGAAGCGCAACCUCAGCACGACCUGCUCGAGGGCGUCUGGACGACGGUGUUCGAGAUCGCAAAAGGGUGUGCUAGUGUUCCUGCUGUUGCGAGUUUCACUGGCGACCGGUCCGCGGAUGUGGGAGCUUCCGGGGGUGAGGGUGUGGAUGGGUUGACCAUGGUGGAAACGUGCAUCGGGUGCAUGUUCUCCCUCGCCCGACUGUUCUCCGGAACCCUACCCCUUUCGCCCACCCAAACCGUAGCCGACGCGACCUCCGUCGAGUCCGAAAUCAUCUCCGCCCUAACCACCUCCUACACCACCUCUCUCUCGGACCCUCUCCGAUCGAAAACCAUCCUCACCCUGUCCACCAUCGCCCGUUCUCCGCAGAUCCACCCAACGCUCAACGCGUACAUCGGAAACUUUCUGCUCAACAUCCUCGAAUCCUGCGCCACUGGUUCCACGACGCCGGAGUCGAUGCUAGCUGCGAUCAAUGGGAUUAUCGACGUGUAUGCCGAUGAAACCAGUCACUACGAUGCGGUGUUCAGGGAGGGCAAGUUCGCAGAGAGGUUGAGGGCGACGGUGUACGGGUGCAAAGCGUUGGUCAAGAAGGUGGAUCGGAGGAAGCAGGUUAGUUUGAGGGAAGGCGUGGAGGAAGCGGUGCAGAAUUUGAUGGGUUUCGUAGAGUAUAGGUUGGCGUUGAAGUUCUAA